UGGUACACAGUGUUAGAGAGAGUGUGGUAGAGGAGGGAGAGAGAGAAAGAGAGUGAGAGAGAGGGAGAGAGAGAGUGAGAGAGAGAGAGAGAGCCACAGCGACUCUGGAACGUAACGUCGUCGUCGUCGGCUGCUGCUGCUGCUGUCAACAGAACCGCCUCUCUCUCUCUCUCCACCACACACUGCCAGUGGCCAUUGUUCAGUUCAGCUGUCGAAAGACCUGGAAGGACACCUCAGUUAUGUCCGCCUGUGAUUUCCAGUUUCCUCUGAGAUGAUGAGGCCAUGAAGGAGAGAGGAGAGCUGCGCCCAUCGAUGGCCAGCAGUGGGCGGAAGUAGCUAGAGACAAAAAUUAUAAGUGAUAUUUUAUGAGGAAUGAAUGCCCUACUUUUGGUUAAAAGCCUCCUAAAAAGUGACCAAAAUGGAACAAAACUUUUAAGUGAUAGUGUUAAUAUCUGUCCUCCCACUUUUGUUCAAAGUUACCCCUUUAAAAAAAAACAAAAAAUCUUCCAUUUUCCAGAUUUAUAUUAGGGCCAUGUCCAUAAGAAAACUCCCUUAUGUUACGGUGCUGUGAUUUCUAUUGCGCAAACCUGCUGGAAGGCAUGGAGGGCACGGAACUGCUGACGAUAGAGACUUCAGGCAACGGCCCGAUCACCACCACGGCACUGCACAAAAGCAAGAGGGACGAUGCGGUGGUGUUCGACAACAAGGCGAAGAAGGCGGGAGAAAAGAAAACGGGAGAAAAGAGAACGGGAAGUGAGAAGAAAACAGGAGGGGAUGAUCCGGUGUUAAACAAUAAGGUGAAGAAAAUCGGUGGGGGCGAUAAGGUUUUCGACAAUAAGGUGAAGAAAACGGGAGGGGGCGAUCCGGUAUUCGACAAUAAAGUAAAGAAAACGGGUGGGGACGAUCCGGUGUUCGACAACAAGGUAAAGAAAACGGGGGGCGACGUCGCCACCAAAGACAACAAGGAAAUCGAGAACUUGCUCAGUUCCAGAGAGACGACUGAUAAGGAAAUCCCUCACGACAACAACAAAAAGUCGUCCGUGCAGCCUCCUCCUUCUUCUCGAGGGAACGACAAGAAAAAUAAGAAGAAGAAGAAGAAGAAGAAGCCAGGAGUCGUCGUGGUCGUCAGGGAUGAAAACGACGAAAGCGAAAAGAUCGACGGGUCGAAGGAGACUGAUGAUGAGGAGGAGGAUGAAGAUGAAGGGGAGGAAGAAGAAGAAGAAGAAGAGAUGAUGGUGGUCGUCGUGAAGCGGCGGGGGGAGGAGGGGAGAAAGACAGUAGUGGUUCUCAGUGCAACGACCUCCUCUCCAACAAGAGCAGCAAUGAGUCUGGGGACAUGGAGGACGAAGACGUGGUGUCGUGCAGCGAGGAAGAGGAGGAGGACAACAGUGUCGACAACAACACCUUCAACAUCAUCAACACGGAGAACUCCGAGAGCCAGGAAUACAGCGAACUGACGAACGACGACGAAGUGUCCUCCCCGGCGC